AUGUCUGCUCCGCCUCACUAUCUCAUCAUUCGUUCCACAAGAAUUCCGCAACUCGAUCGCAUGUGUACCAGCUCGUGGAUAGCGACGCUAAUUAGAUCUUUUCGCCUCAUCAAAGUCCAACCUGAUCGCUCCAAGGAAGGUCACUUACAGCUCUCACUCUGGCACGAUGAGGUUGAGAGCGCUUCCUAUCGUUGCUUGUCUUAUCGAUGGGGCAAUCAAGCACAGCGACAUGAAAUCCUGAUUAAUGGCAAAUUUUUCCGCGUAGGAAACAACUUACAUGCCUUCCUGGAAGAGUUCUAUGCACUCAAUCCAAGGGCAGAUGCCAGUCUCACUGAGGCACUCUGGAUCGACUCUAUUUGUAUAGAUCAGGAUUCUUUGGAGGAGCGCAGCCAUCAGGUUCAGCAGAUGGGCGACAUUUACAUCAAAGCAAAAGAAGUGUAUAUUUGGCUGGGGCAAAGCCACGAGUCGGGUCGUGAACUCCACGAAUGGCUCAAGUCCGAGAAGUGGGAGGAGUGCCCCACAGGCUUACGCGAACAAUGGAACAGAAUACGAUUCGACCCAUACUGGUACCGCGCAUGGAUUGUACAGGAAGUGCUCCUUGCAAAGGAUCUGAAAGUGGUGUUGCCGAACGUUGCGAUAGACUAUCGUUUACUAGGUCGUGCUGUGGCAAGGACUACAGACCUCGAACACCUUGACCAAGAGUCGGCAGCUCAACUAUGGGUAUUCUGGCUCGAUCAAUGGGAGAAGUCUCACCAAGAGGUAGCAACUGUCGAUUGGUUACGACAUGAGCGUAGUCGUCAUGACUUUUGGGAUCUGGUGCAUAUGCACAAAAGAGCAGAGUGCGCAGACGAACGAGAUCGCAUCUAUAGUCUUCUUGGACUGAUAUCGGGCAACCACACUUUCCAAGUUGACUACGGCGAAAGCACUGCCGAUCUGUUUUGGAGAGUUGGAGAAUACUUCGACGCUUGGCAAUCGCCUGAGCUUGUCGACAUUCUGCGAAUCGCCCUCCUUAGAACACACUCUUCGGGUAAAGGAGUCAAACCUCAGAGCCACGGUAUCAGUCCGUGGAUUCUUGCUGAUGCACUAAAGUCACGACCAAAUUGUCAAGUUCGGAUACCAGUGCGACGGGCAAGGUCCACGACCUCACUAACUUCUCGUUUCACUCGCAGGACAAAAUGCCAGUUCAAAGAUUGCCGUCGUGCUCCCGCUCUGAGAUGUACCCGUAACGACAUUCUAAUUUGCACCAACGCUCGUGCAAAUGGCCCCACGGAGCAUGGAUGCCUCCACGCACUAGCCUCUCCUCUCGAUCAGCCUGCAGCUGAGCCUUUCGAGAUCAAACUCGAGGCGCACCAUGGAGCCACAGUUGCCAGGACCACACUUCCAUCUACAGCGCUUCAAUUCUGUGAUCCCGGAACGGACUCGUGGGUGGGCAUAUCGACCUGGUCGUCUUUGCGGAAAGCUCUUGACCAUAAGGAUCUUGAUCGCGCGGAUCGCGUGAAGCUACAGGUCCCAGCAGAAUAUGCGAUAUGGAUAUGGUUCGGCAUACAUCCAGAUCAACUGGCAGGUGCUCGUGAUCAACACCAUCCUGAGCUGCCUUCAGCGCAUCAUGCGCUGCCACCUGGUACGAAAAUUACGAAUGGAUCGAUCGAGGUCCCAUCAGCUGCGAAUGAUGUGAAGGGAGACGCUCGUACAUUAAAGGAAGAUGUUGAAAAUACGUACUCAUGGGGCAAAUGCACUGCUGUGGUACCGAGCGAUGGACGCUUCAAUGCAUUGAAUCACCAGCCGUAUCCUAGCUCCGUGUCGUACCGCACAGAUGGUGUUGAAGCAAAUGAUGAUGUCAUCCCUGUAAGCCGGCAAUUACCCCCACGUGCGGGCCUCAUUGGCACAUGA